AUGCCAGACCCAGAGACGGAUGACUGUCACCAGGUCCUCCUCGUCCUCGACGUGCAGGUCAACAUGCUCCGCGACCCGCCGGCAGGGAUCCCCGCCGCUGCCGUCGUGGGCCCGAACAUCGCGUCCAUCCUGGCGCGCGCGCGCGAUGCGGCCCCGCCGCCGCGGAUCGUGCACAUCCGCAACUGCGGCGACGCGGGCGAGCCGGACGAGACGGGGAGCGAGGGCUGGGAGCUCGUGCACCUGCCGCGAUCGGGCGAGUUCGUGAUCGACAAGCGCAAGAACAACGCGUUCGCGGGCACGACGCUCGCGGACGUCAUCCCGCCCACGGCGGAGAUCAUCAUGGUCGGGAUGCAGAGCGACUUUUGCAUCCGCGCGACGUGCUCCGCCGCGCUCGCGCGAGGGAACGAGGUGCUGCUCGUCCGCGGCGCGCACGCCACGUACGACCGGAUCGAGUACCACCAGCACGGGCUCAUCACCACUGCCGCGGAGGUCCAGAAGGAGAUCGAAGGCGAGCUCGAGGAGGCGGGGGUGAUCAUGCUGGAUAUGAAGGACUUGUCGGGUAUGUUCUCGGACCGCUAG